AUGCUCCUACACUUCUCAGUGCUGCUCCCUCUAGACGACACCAACACCGACGUUCUCAUAUGGGCUUGCACCCUCGAUACUAGUCCAGCUUUUAUGGGUGACAGGACCGUCAGCAAUGCCGUUUCAACACCGAUCGACAAUCCGAAGCUCCGAGACGGCCUUCUCGAGCCUAGCAAGAAUGCUGCGCCAGCUUGUUUCAUCGGCGGCAGAGAAACAAGCGACGAGAUGGUGCUUGCUACCAGCGAAGGAAAGGCGUCCAGCAACAACUGCGACGAAACCUUCCUGUUCGCAUACCAAAGACAGACGCUUGCUAGCAUGCACAUUGGCAGUGGUCUGGGCAAGCAAACGGCUAUAUCGGCUCUUCAGGCUGUUGCUAGCAGGCUUCAGGACGACGAGUUGACGGCCAACUGCACCAUUGCCCCAGAUUUGCGGCGAUGGGCGAGGGCCUGA